GUCGAAAAAGCCAAGGUGACUGAAUAGUUUCAGAAUGAACAAUAUUUCCAUGGUAUGUUGUACAUUUAGAAAGUGUUGUGUGUUACCUAUAUAACAUUUACUUAAGUGAUAAUGCCCGAGAAGCCUGUGUUUGGAAGAUAUACAGCACCGGUCAAAAGUUUGGAUACGUUGACAAGUUGAUAAAUUGCCUGGCUGGGCUAAUAAGACAAUGGGUUGCACAGUCAGAUGGAACAGAGUAAAUAGGCAUUUUAACAUCAUAGAUUUAGCUGGUGGUAACUUGUGGAAUAGACACAGGCUGGAAUGUGGUUUUAACCAGCCUUCAGGAUUAGAAUUCCCAUUAUAUAAUAAUAGAUAUGCAUUUGAUUAUUCAGAAUGUCUAGUGAAUUACCUUUCCACUCCUUUUUGGGGGAAAUGGACUAGCAACUGUAGCCAGUGCUAGUUUGUAACAUCCCAUCCCCCUUUUGUGUAGUUCAAAUACAAGGAACAACAUCAAGAAGACAUUGGGUAUGAGGCUACAUAUUCAUCAAACCAUUUCUCCUUUGCAAUGUUCCAUUAUUUUGUUUAUAGUCCGGAUGAUCUUGACAUGUUACAUUAUUUUGUUUAUUGUCCGGAUGAUCUUGACAUAAAACUCAAUUACCCUGCAUUGUGUGCUGGACGGGUCUAAAUAAAACUUAAUUGGGUCCAAUUCAGAGGAUUCACUUCUGAGAAAUUCUGGCAAUCACCAAACAGAAGAGAGAACAGGGGGAUGAAAGGAGAGAUAGAAAUAAGGGAGGAGGUCCAACAACACCAGGUUACAACACAGGGACGAUGACGCAAGUGGUCACCCUACAAAAGCCCCUUUGGGGUGGGUAGUGAGGACACAGUCGGAGUGGUCUACAUAUCUUUCCUCUUCAGGCAGCUCCACAGGGAAACAGAUACAUUCAACCAAGCGGUGGGUUCCAGGUUAACACCACCAACCAUGCUGCAGCUCACCGUGGUUCUGAUGUUAAUCGCUUCACUAACAGAGACUUUCCCCGCUAGCAGCCUCAGAUACUCCCACUAUACCCAAGGGGAGAGUCCAGACAAUGCAAUGCUAAAGGUCUUGAGAGAUUUAUCCACUGCAUCAACAGAGGGCCCACUCCCUGACAAACUUCCUGCUCUUCUACCCAAUGACGUAGACAAUCCACUGUUAGAGGCGGAACUACCCAGAAGGAUGUGGUGGUGGUGGUUCCCAGCGAAGCCCCACCCACAAAACAGGAUUCGUCAGAAUCGAGCUUGGAGGUCCUCGUACAACCAUAACUCCUUUGGCCUACGUUACGGGAAAUGAUAGUUAUUAGGAUGGGCUCUACGUCUCUCAGUUAUGUAUUUGAUUAUAUUUUGAACAGUGCCUGACAAUAUGAUGUAGGUAGAUAUAUUUAUGUGUAAAAAGCAGACAGAAUUCCAAGGCCUACACUUGAAAUAUUACUAUAUCAUCUAUGACGAUUCAUGACAGCUAUUGAUGACAUUACUUUAUAAUGACUUUAUCAUUUCUUGUUUACAACAGCAGCACUGUCAUGUGUUACCCAUAUAUGUGUGUGUGAACCCUAUGUUUUGCAACAUAUUUCCGUUCUGAUAUCUGUGAUAGUUUUAUGAAUGCGACUGGAAAUCAAAAAGAUGACACCAUUCAAUAAAUGGUCACUGUAAUCCA